UGUGUCUAUAUUGCGCAAAAGGAAUAUGCAACCGUGGAUCCUUCCCUUGUCGAUGUGAUUGGCACUGAUGGGCAAGGAGGCUGUGUUGGUGUGGUCAUACGAAACCCUAAUAGUGGAUUGAUCUGUGUUGCCCAUAUGGAUGUUCCAGAAAUUAUUGAUAAUGGCCUCACUCAAAUGUUAUCAUCCAUUAUUGAUCAAGAGAGCGAUGAAAUUUUGGAUGUACAUUUAAUUAAUGGUCAAAAUACAGUACCACGUGAAGCCAAUAAUACUGGUCGUAUCGAAGGAGUUUCAAUGGAGCUUUGUGAAAGCAUAAUUCAAUUUCUCUGUAAGAGCAAUAAAAGAUUCAGUAUUAAAACGUUGCACAUUCUUGAUCGCAAUACCGUACAUGAUGAACGAGGAAAUGCAUAUCCUAUAUUCAGUGGUUUCUUGGUGGAAACUGCGACUGGAUCGAUAUUUCCAGCAACCUUUGAUAAAACAAUAUAUCCAGAUGCAACCGUUAGGGCUGCUCGACUAAUGACCUCACAUGGGACAUAUAAGAGAUUGCUAGAGACGUAUGAGACUAUGUCCGACAAAUACGUCAUUGCUCCAUGUUCUUGGUAAUUAAGAUCCAAACCAAUACAUUUU